AUGGGGGACCGUGACCAGCGGACCCGGAGACUCGGGAGUCUCACGACCAAGUCCCGGGUCUCCAAGGAGACGAAGCUCCGGCUGCGCGUGAUCUUUCUGGAUGACAGCGAGCGCACGUUCGAGGUGGAGCAAAAGGUUUUAGGAGGCGACUUCUUCAACAAAGUGUGUGGUCAUCUGAAGCUGCUGGAGAAGGAAUACUUCGGACUGGAGUUCAGACACCACAGCGGCAACUACGUUUGGUUGGAGCUGCUGAAGCCGCUGGCCAAACAGAUUAAAUACAGCAGCGACCUUUUCUUCAGGUUUAUAGUCAAGUUCUUCCCACCAGACCCGGGUCAGCUGAAGAGAGGCCUCACCAGGUAUCUUUUUGCCCUACAGAUAAAGCAGGACUUGUCUAACGGCAGUCUCACCUGUAAUGACAACAGCGCCGCCCUGCUGGUCUCUCACAUAUUACAGUCAGAGCUAGGGGACUACGACGAGGAGCUGGACUGUCACCAUUUAGAGAUGAAGCAGUACGUCCCCAACCAGGAAUAUCUCGACCACAAGAUCAUCAAGUUCCACAAGAAACACAGAGGCGUGUCUCCGGCAGACUCGGACAUCCACCUGCUGGAGGUGGCGAGGAAGCUGGACAUGUACGGGAUCAGGCCUCACCCGGCCCACGACGGAGAGGGGAUGAGGAUCAACCUGGCCGUCACGCACUCGGGAGUACUGGUCUUUCAGGGAAACACUAAAAUCAACACCUUUAGCUGGGCGAAAAUCCGCAAGCUGAGCUUCAAACGCAAACAUUUCCUCAUCAAACUACACGACAAAGUCGGGCCGUCGUGUAAGGACACACUGGAGCUUUCCAUGGCCAGUCGCGACGUAUGUAAAUCGUUCUGGAAGAUGUGCGUGGAGUACCACGCCUUCUUCCGCCUGGCCGAGGAACCGAAGGCGGUGCACAAAACGCUGCUGUCCUGUAAAGGCUCCAGCUUCAGAUACAGUGGACGGACGCAGAAACAGCUGCUGGAGUGUAUGGGAUCAGGGGGAAAGAAGCCGUCACAUUUUGAGAGGACUUAUUGUCAGUCGGACUUCGAUUCCAGACAGUGUCGAUCGUCUCCUGAUCUCCUCACCGACGUCUCCAAACAACUGUACGAGCACUCGCAUCCCUUCCCUCGGUCGAGCCGUGCCUUGGCGGUCCGCAGUGAGGACGAGUUGGACCCACAUCACGGAGGCAUAGACGACAUGGAACUCGGAGGAGGCGGGGCUAAACGAAGCCGAUCGUCUGUCGAGGUUGCCCGGGGGUCCCGCCCUUUUACUCAAGUCACUCCCCUCUCUCCUUCUCUCCACCAAUCAACCGCCUCUCCGAAGAUGAGAUCGGCCUCGACAUCUGUGAUGGAGGACAUGAGGGGCGCACGCAUCGGGGCGCAGCGCCAGGCCCAAAGGUUAGCCGGGGUUUACGGCAACCGGUCGCGACGUCGACCCAAUCCCCAGCCGCACCCGGACGCCGCACAGCAGUUGGUUCUUCUUUACCCAAACAGUCCUGCCUACCAGUACCACCCCAUCCUGCCAACGUUCCCAUUAGCUGGUUCCUCGCCGCUCAACCGACACCCCUACUUGACGGACUAUGUUGCCGUUUCUUCCCUGGAGCGUUUCCCGCACGCAAGGAGGCGGGAUUAUGUGACAAUGGAUAGCAUAGCGCGGCCAUCUUUCUACCCGCUGGGCCACGACUCGCCGUCUCUUUCGCCAAUCAGGAGGACCCUCCGCCCCUCUGGCUCAGGAGGGCUGGGAUUGGCCAGGGUUUACCAGCCAGGAAGCAACGGAGCGAGGCUCUUGGGCGUCGGACAUACCGAGGCGGGGCAUUACAGCGACGACUCCAACUUCCUCCCGGGGCUGCCUCGCCGCGUAGCCAGCCAACCAGAUGUCAAGUUCCACCUCUCAAGGAGUUCAAACCCCGCCUUCAACCCCGCCUCCGAGUUUCGUCCCCUUGGUUACUACCCCCACCUGACACGCCCCUCCAGACCCACCUACCUCCCGCUAAACUCCUCCCCUCUGCCCGAACGCCCCACCUCGCUCUGCAUGUUCGGAGGAACCUCUGGGAGCUACAGCGACUCGGAACCGGAGGUUUUCUACCCAUACUACUGCCCGCCACCCCAACUGGGGAAAGUGGCGCGGUCCGCUGGACUGGCCAGGAUGAGGUUUUCCUCCGGGAGCCUCCAACUGGAUGAGGAGGAGGAGGAAGAGGAGGAGGAGGAGGAAGAGGACGACGGAGCAGCGAAAGAGAAAGCGACAAAGGACUUAAAGGACGAAGGGGAGAACAAAGAGAAGACAAGAGACGAGAGUAAAGCUGCUGCAAAGAUCACAGAAGUCACACUGUAG